AUGAAGGUUGAUGCAAGUGCUAGAGAGAAAAUUAAACCAUCUUGUCCAACUCCAACUCACCUUAAAACCCAUAAUCUAUCUUUUCUUGAUCAGGUUGCAGCUCGAUUCUACGUUCCUCUACUUCUGUACUACGAUGGCAACAAAGAAAACAUCGAUAUGAAUACCCGCUGUAAUGUGAUUAAGAAAUCCUUAGCUGAAACGUUAACCAAGUUCUAUUUCCUAGCUGGUAAGAUCGUUAACGACGAAAUUGAAAGGUUUGUGGAUUGCAAUGACGAUGGGGUGGAUUUUUGUGAAACCAAGAUAACUGCGUCCGGUGCUUUCUUGCUGUCCGUUCAAGUUAACGUUUUUGAGGAUUGUGGUGGUAUGGUGAUUGGUUUGUGCAUUAAUCACAAGGUAGCUGAUGCAUCUUCAAUCACCACUUUCGUGAACGGCUGGGCUACUAUUGUUCGUGAUAGAACACUGGUGACUAAGAAAUUUGCUUUUGAGGCUUCCAAAUUAGCAGAACUUACGGAAAAAUUCAAAUUCACUAAUGAAACCGAAGAUGUUAUCGAGGGGAACAAGCCGACUCGUGUUGAAGCCUUAUCGGCUUUCUUAUGGAAGUGCUUCAUAGAUAUCGAUCAAGCCGAAUUCAAGGGAGUUGCUCCUACAAGGGUUUAUUUAGCAACACAUGCAGUAAAUAUACGGUCAAGGAUGGUUCCACAGUUUCCUACAUGCUCCUUUGGGUAUAUGAUCGCCAUCACAGAUGCAAUAUCCAGCAUAAAGAACGAGGGCAGUGGCAUAAAUGAGAGAUACUACCCAAAACUGGCGCAAAAAGUCAGGGACGCCGUAAAAAAAAUCGAUAGAGAACUACCUUGUUUGGUCGCUAAAUAA